UUUUACUUAUGAUGUUAAAUCGGAAAACUGAGCACCUCCAUUGAGCAGUAUGUAUGUGCGUCUGCGCCAAAUUCCCUAGUUAGAUCAUUCCUUCCGGACUGGUUGUGAGAAAACUGCCUUAGCGCUGUGUAACUGCUAACUGUAAUGACUGGCAUAUGAUCCUAUUGGUGAAAGUAUGGCUGCAAUACCAGUAAUGACUUUCAGUGUAGUAAGGAGAGGGCUUGCUACGAGAGCUUAUCAAGGAACUGGAAUAUACCGUCGAAGAAGUCUUCAGGAUAAGAUUCUGCGAGUAGAUCAUGCAGGUGAACUAGGUGCUAAUAGGAUAUACGCUGGACAAAUGGCCGUUUUGGGUAGAACUAAUGUUGCACCAGUUAUCAAAGAAAUGUGGGAUCAAGAAAAAGAACAUCUAAAAAAAUUCGAAGAACUUCUACCAAAAUAUCGAGCGCGACCUUCCUUGUUGUUACCAUUUUGGAAUGUUGCAGGUUUUAUUUUAGGUGCUAGUACAGCAUUAUUAGGCAAAGAGAGUGCUAUGGCAUGCACUGUUGCUGUAGAAGAAGUUAUAGCUGACCAUUAUAACAAUCAAAUAAGAGAACUCAUGGCUGAUGAUCCUGUACAGAACAAAGAACUGUUAGACAUCCUGAAGCAGUUCCGUGAUGAUGAGCAGCACCACCAUGACACUGGACUAGCCCAUGAUGCUUCUAAAGCUCCAUUUUAUAAAUAUCUCUCUCAGACUAUAAAAGUUGGUUGCCUAGGUGCAGUAUGGUUAGCUGAGAGGUUAUGAUACUGUUGUCUUAAAUGUUAAUGUAAAAAAAAAAAAAAAAUGCAUAAGUUAGCAUGUUAUGCAUUUGUGGAAGUUAGUGAACAAAAUAAAAUAUUUUUUAUAUAAUUUAUCUAAAAA